GAAGAACUCGCAUCGUUCACUUCUUGAUGCUGCCAUUGAAAGAAUCAAUCACUGCAUGACCUAAGCCUCGUGGUAAAUAUCCUCGUCGCAAGCUCACCGUGCUUGCUUACCUUAGCUAGGUAUCUGAUACCUAUCUCUCCCCGUGCCUGUUAAGUGUGACUUUCUCAAGUACAACAGUAUAAGGCGCCCCCAAGGUAAGCCAAGAUCCAUUGGUUCGAGAUCGACGUCAAUAUUCCUACCCCUCGCUCCCUUGUCUCCGCCCCGUCUUUUCCGGAGGAGCUGAAAAGUCGGCCUCAGCCUCAGCCUCAGGCCAGGCACAAGCCCAGGCGUCCAGCUGAACGGGCCAGACUCCAAAGACACCAGGUACAUCACAGCUAGCUGUCCCUUUAUUUCACUUGACAUGUGAAAAUGCAAGCCGAGCUGAGGGCCACUCGCCUUUUCCCAACGGCUGCCUACCGAUCAUGCUGUACGCGCACGUACGCAUUUAUGCAUGCAUACACCCAGGACGCCCGUGCCAACGCCCCAUGUGAAAUGCACUGGGAGGAAGCCCGGGUACUCUUCCUGUUCGUGCGAACAUUUAAACAGGCUGCUGGCGAGGGCCUCUGAAUUUCUCCAAGAGUACAGUACGAGUAUUUAUCGAGCGGCGGACGCCAUUCAUGAACGAGCAUCUCGCCUCUCUUUAUUGCUGGUACUAUCCACCCAACUACCAUCUUGCCACUAUCGCCUUCCUCACAUCCUACCAAUUGACAGACCAUCCGCACAGUGCCGACGAUGGCAACAACGCUGACUCCGCCGUGGUCGAAACCACUCCCAUAUACCGCCAACCCUCUGCUCCUGAUGCUCAACGAUUUAUGGCUUUUUGUCCAGAUCACCUUCACUUGGCCUCUGACGGCCGGCUUGCCCAGCAUCAUCCUACCGUUGAGCCCUUCGAGGUCCAAGGGUUUGGACGAGCUGGCUUUGACCGUGCCCAAUGCGUGGUCUGAUUUCAUCCAUUUGAUUCUCGUCGUCGCCCAGACCUUGUUUCUCAUCUCGCUGUUCCCCCUGGCCUACAUCUUGCUGCCGUCACUUUACUUGUUGUACAUUGUGGCGUUUGUGUUGGGGAACCAAUGGUUUACUGUCCUUCUGAAUGGCCGUCGACGAUCCGGGUUCAUGUCAGACCCGCGAUGCGUCCAGGGGAAACGGGUCUACCCACACGAGCGGUGGGUGUUUAUCAACGGAGUCGCUGUUGGCGAGCACUGGCUCCAGUCCAACCUCAACCGACUCGCCAUGACGUUUCGUCGGCCGGUGCUUGGUAUCCAUAACCAGACCCGUGGAAUCAUCUUUGACGUUCUCGAAUGCAUCAUCCAACGCGACCUGGCCUAUCCGACCCUCGACAUCCGACAAGCAUACGACCAGCUUCUGGCCAUCAUUUCCGACCCCACCGUACACAAGAUCGUCUUGAUCGUGCACAGCCAGGGCGCCAUUGAAGGCGGCAUGGUUCUCGACUGGCUGUAUGCGACCGUGGCGGCCGAACAGGUCCGCAAGCUGGAGGUGUACACAUUUGGCAAUGCCGCCAACCACUGGAACGCACCCGUGAUAUCGAAAGUGUCGCCACCAGAGCCGACCAACACUGUCGUUGAUGGAGUAAUCAACAACAACAGCAACAGCAGCACAAGUUGUCGCCCCUCUUCUUCUUCUCGUCUGGUUGAGGCUGGCGCCGGCGGCGGCGACCGAGACCAAAACGGCCGUGUGAUUAAGUAUAUCGAGCAUUACGCCAACACGGGUGAUUAUGUGUCACGCUUUGGCAUUCUGCAUUUCCGCCCUGACAUGGCAAGAGCCAAGAGUCUGGGAAGCCUGCCAUCGCGGGCCGUCGCACGAACGAGGAGAUUGUUGACCAACGCAGACACCUUGGUGGACAAUAUCGGCUCGGUGUCGGACGGUGCAUCUGCAUCGGCGUCUUCGCCACAAUUUACUACUGCAGCAGCAGCUGUGUCUAGUGAUGUCGGAGGACAAGGACAAGUCAGACUUGGAUCGGGCGUCAAGAACAGUGGUGAAGGUUACCAGCACACACCCGCACCCGGAGCUAGUAGGCACGUAUUCGAUCCAACGCCUACCAUCAGAUCGGCUGCGGCGGUUGUAUCUCCGUCAACACCAAUCGAGCAUCACCAUCACAUUGUCAGUCCCGACCACAGCCUCAGCCUCCACCGCCGCCAGACCCUACGCGACAAAGAAGACCUCAACCGCUUCGUCGGCCGCCUCUUCAAGCGCCACGGCUCUGGACACCAAUUCAACCAGCACUACAUGGACAACAUGUUUGAGAUGGAGGGCAUCGACAUGUCAGACUUUUCCAAAGGGCGAGUCAAGGAUGGGAAUGCGUUCAUGGAUUCGCUGGUGGAUUUGGAGGUGUUUGAUGAGUGGAAUACGGUGCAAGUUGACAGUAAUACUACGCAGCGAAGCGAACGAGGUUCCAGUAGUAAUCAUGGACAUGGACAUGGACAUGGACAUGGAAGUGGAAGUGGACGAGGAGGAGGAGGAUCAGGAGUGUUGCAGCAGCAGAAUGGUAUCGUGCAGCAGGUCCAGGUCAAGGAGCUUAGUCGGCUGUGGAAGUAUAGAAAUGGAGGAGAUCCUGAUGCGACGAGUGCGCCGAGUCGAACGACUGGUGGGCAGAGAUGAGAGGAAGGUUAAAGUGCGCACAUGGUAAGAGUUGGACGGCACGGUAGGUAAGGAAGGGGGUUGGGAACCAUAAUGGUAAGGGUGAGGAGAGUAGUUACAUAUCGGGAGUGACAAGAGUUUGUUUUGGAUAUCGCUUACCUGCCUAAAGGUACAUGUAGAUAUGUCUGGUCUUUGGCAUCAUCAUCAAUCAAUGUCAUCAUUUGCUUUUAUAGCGUUGCAUUCGUUUUUAGGUACCUCGGCUAGAUCGCAACAUCGUAUACCAAUACCACGUUGACAGGUACUGUACGUGCUUGUUCGAAGCCUUGGACCCCUUUCCAACCACGGCCUCGUUAAUAGUGAUAGUUGGUAUUGCUCCUCCGUUCAGUCGUGGUACUAGGACGACCUGCUGCCAGCGUCGUCCCGUUAACCAAAAGUACAAAUUCGGAUGGCACAACUGAGGUGACCGCUGACCAGGCUUCGUGCUGCUCCUGCUCCUAUCUCCACCUCUUCCUCAAACAAAUCCACUCACCCCACCCGCAAAGCGAGCAAACAGACCCAAAUCAAAGCUCUCCGCGAGCAAUUCAUACCCCUUAACAUUAGGAUGCAAAUAAUCGCCUGACUGAUACCCAUCCGCCAACUGGCUAGGCACAGUAUUAUUGCGCAGCACGGCAUCGAAAUCCAAAACAGCAUCAAACGUGCCCGAAUGGCGAAUGAAAUCAUUGACUUUCUGCCGCGUCUGCUCACGCAGGUCGCUCGUGUACGGCUGCAGCGUGGUAUUACCGUUGGGAGCGGAAAAGGGAGUAAUGGUUGCUGCGAACACGGGAAUACCGAAAGCAUGAAUCCUCGUUGCGAUCUGUUUGAACGCGGACAGCAGACGCGUGUAGAUCAUGGCGUAUCGUACACCCGAGUGCGAUAGAAUGUCUCGGUCGAUGCGGGAUAGAACGUUCGGUCCUAGUCCGUCGUAGAGGAUGCGGUUGCCUCCAGCGGCGAGGUUGGUGAUGGCCAGAGAUGUCAGGGUUGGGUCGGAGGUAGAUUGGAGUCGGGAUAGGAGUAGGUCGGGCCAUCUGUGAUUGUGAUGUUAGUGCAUAGGACUGGUAGAAGUGAUCAAAGGGGUAAAGGAACGAGAGGAUGGAUCUGGAUCGAAUCUGGGCACGGUUAAUACUUACCGAUUGUUCUUGUCGGUGUCGCUGCCUCGACCAUCCGUGAUGCUGUCGCCUAGAAUGGCAAAUGUGCGGUAUUCAGGCGGCGACCAUGCUUCUACGGCAGAGAGAAAAUACCUGCGAUUAAACAGAACUCGGUCAGCUGUUUUCACACCUAGCACAGCAGACAGCCGGAUGCUUCGCAUGGAUCACUUGUACGGGAAGAGGGCUGCCCACCAAUGUGCGGUACUGUUCAAUACCGGCCCAGUCAAGUUCGUCGUACCGACCUGGUUCCCUUCAGUCAUCCAAGACGUCGUACGACUACCUGGGUGGCUGGUGAUCGCGGUUCCCUCCUGUCCUGUGGCAAGGUACAUUGUCACAGUGAGCAUGGAUUGGGGUUUGACGGCAAAGUUCAGAGGAUCCGAGGCUGCGAGCGCGCCGUUGGGGAUGAUGAUUGAUUCGUCGCCGCCGCUGAACGUCACGGUCUGAACCGUGGACGACUGGACGGCACUGACGCCUGCUGAUCCGUUGAAGGGCAGAGCCACCGUCACAGCACUGAUAGGUAAAUCGGUCAGUCCAAAGGCAUUGGAGAUGCGGAUCCGAAUCUGUGAGGCGCCAGUGGAUAUGUGCACCGUUUGUCGGAUCGUGCUGUUGUAGAAGAUGACGGACGUUUCGUUCUGAAGCCAGUCCGCCGUGGCGGUGUUAGCCGGUGACUCUUGCUAUCUUGAUUCUUGCUCCAGCCCGUAUGGAAUGUGCUGCAGCAAGUAGGCGGGCCGGGCUGUUGUACGUACAUAUGGAGGCGGAGGAAGGUUCGAUGUCUCUGUCAAUUGAGGCAUCGCCGCCCAUGUAUCGAUCCAGUGGCCAUUCGGUAUUCCGGGCGUAGUGGUCACAUCAGUUCCUGGUCUGAGUGCGCCACAGCAGAUUGCGAGACAGGAGGAGAGAAGGAGCAGUUUGGACCAGAGGAAAGCCAUCGUGUUGUGUGGUGAGAGGCAGUGUUCGAACUUACUGGUUACCUACCUGGGCCACGGAG